GUUCCCUCAAUAUUUUUUCUCGUGUAUACAUAAUGAUGUUUUUGAUACAAAGUAGCGCACUUCUAACGAUUUGAAUAUGCCCCCAAUGGUACAAGAUUUUAUUCCGUUGCCUCGUCUUUUGUAUUUCUUCCUCUUUGCCCCCUCAAUGCGGACGUUUUUUCUGUUGCUUCUGGCAGAACCACAACUCGCCGAGAGCGGGAGCGGCAGAACCUCGGUGCAGCACGUUUCAGUUGAAGAUUUGGAACAGAACCCGGAGUUGCAAGCCGAGAUAGAAGCAUUUUACGAAGAGACAAGAAGAAAAAAGGCAAGACAGAAGGAACAGAAAAAUGGGAAGACGAGGACAACAACAUCUGCAGAAACAUCUCCGAAUCCAGAUCCACCUGUAUCAGAUUCAGACAUAACUGCAAGAAGGCCCCACGCCAACAAGCUGUAUACGACCCAUUCCUGUGUCGCCGCGGGCAACUGUCUAGUCGAAAACCUUUGCCACGGAACGGACGGGAGGUUCAUUUACGUGAAAUCGCCAGCGGCUAUCUUCGAUCGACCGCAGCAGGUCUACUACGACACGCGUUACUCCGGCGAGAAGCACUUCAAGGAGAGCAACAACACGGACGGCACCGUGAGUUUUGACCUGCGCAGCGCCGCGGGCAUGACGGCCACCGGGUACCGACACUUUUUGACGAGCAGGGUUUUCGAGGACAUACCCAGCGCCGCGAUCUCGUCGCGACUCUACCACCCGAUCCUGCACCCGCGCUUGCGCGACAUGCGGAUCAUCGACGGCGUGGAGUUCGAGUGGCCAGAAAGUCGGGGUGGGAUGGAUUAUUUGGCCGUUGAGGAUAAAACUCGCCAGCAGGCGGGGGUGGUGGAGGCGGAAGGUAGCGGCGCCGCUACAACAACCCUACCACGAGCUGGGUCUAACGUUGUUUCAUCAAGGCCAAGAUCUGCAGCCAAGCUGAAAAAAUCUCCGAAUGGUCUGCCUUAUCCGUUUUGGCCGCCGGAACAACUGAACGAGGAGAAAUCGGAUAAUUCUGAUUCAGAAGAAGAUUCCGAGCAUGGAGCAGACAAAUCUCAGUCGCGUCAGAAAGAUGCUGUGCAGGUGAUCAUGGGCCGGCUGUGGCCCACCGAUGCGGGACACACGAUGAUGGACAAUAUGAGUCCGAUUUUCCGGGCCUUGAAGCAGUGGGACCUGUUAGAUGUGGACGAGGAAUCUGUGCCCAUUUCCCCCUUUGUCGUUAACGAUAGGGCGACUGGAGUAGACAGCAUUCAGGGCGAUGAAGUUUUUGAAGCUGAUGAAGUUCAUCUUUCCAACGCAGCACUAGCAGGAGAUACAGACUCAUCGUCUGUCGUACGAGAAGAAAAGGAUGUUGAAGCCGAACACGACUACAGCGUAAUCACCUCUCCUCCGGGAGACCACGAUGAAUCAAAACCUAAUCCAGACGCCGCUGCUUAUCCGAAUCUUACCAUCGAAAGCGACAACUACAGCUGUGGGGACAAGCAAGCCGCUCUCGUUGCGCGAGCGUUGCAGAUUGCCGAUGCGAAAUUUAUCGAACGGUCGGCGAAGGAUAACUGCCCGGUUCUGAAUACAACAGAGCAGUUGGGGAUGGUGGGGAAAUUUGUGAGAACGAUGUUGAACAAGGAACCCGCCCCGGCGUCACCUGCAAUAUCGUCUUCUGAGACCACAACUGAUGCAACAGCAGCUGCGGAGGACACAACAACACCAAGGAAUACUGCUCCCGCCGGAUCAGGACCUGCCUUCCUGCAAAUGCACGUACCGAACGAGGACUUCGGAGGGCGGCUUCCCCCGUCCAUGCGAAAAUUCGAGGGCAUGUACUACCAAACGAUAGAAACAGAGGUGGACUCGUCAGCAUCAGCACCAGCAGCUCGUCCGCUUUCCGAAAUUAUUGCGUCACCCGCAAAAAACGGUGCAGGAAAAGUAACGGCUCCUGCACGACCAGCGUCAUCAACAUCGAUGAAUUAUCCACACAAAACCCGCACCCUGCGCAUUUUUUCCUCGCCGCAUUUCAGCUUCCUCGACGCGCAGGCGAUCGCGAAACGGGACGCAGAGCGCGAGCGGGAGAAGAACGCAGCGCUUGCCGGUAAGCCGGUCGCCGACCAGCCGGGACGCGACAUGCGGUACGGUGGCUGCCGGGACGAGUGCGAGGCGCGGUUGCUGCAGGCGUUCACGGAUGGCGAUAGGGAGAGACUAUCGAAUCUCGACCAUGAUUUGCCGAAAGGAAAGUGCUUCCGGAAGGUGCUGAUCGGGUGGCGGGGGAUGCAGUUUUUCAACGUGUUUGAUUGGCUUAGUCGGAAUUCCGCUCCCUGGAGGUAUCCUCUGCAAAAGUAAUAUCGUGCUUGUAGUACAACUAGAGUAGAAGUCAGUUUUGCAACACUGUAUGAUCAACUCUGCAAGCUGUCUCGUUCAACAUCAGAGAAAAAGUUACACUGCAAUGUCAUUUUCCACCACUUAUCGAACAAAACAAGCACGAUGCUUGUGCAAUGCAUAGGAGGCAUGAUGUGUCGAUUGGGAACAGUGCCGAGCAGCUGUUGGGGUUGCGUAAUUACAUGCUGGCAAAACACGGCCUGCUGGGAGAUAAAAAGUUUAUGGGUUUGUUGGAAAGGAGAAAACGAGUGAAAGUAGUUGUAGCUUCUUCUGCGAAUUCGGAAUCAAAAGGUUCAAAUAUUAAAUCACAAAAAAAUCCUACUACCUCCUCCGCGGACAACCAGCACGCUGUUCUCGUCGACCGCUACAAGCCCUCGGUGCUUCUGCUCGUGAAGAAGGUCGGCCGCGGAUCGGGCUACAACUGCUGCCACUGGCAGGAUCCCGAGCGGCUGCAGAGCCACUUGUUGAAGGCGUUUGACCACAAAAUUUCCGUGCAGAUUAAGUCCUGGGCGGGGAUGCCGAUCGUGCAGCAGCUGUGGGUCAUGGCGGAAACGGAUCUGACGAUCAGUUUUGCGGGCGCCGACGUGAUGAAUUUUCUCUUUUCCCCGCUCUAUUCCGGCCUGAUCUCACCCUACCGCUUGCGCAAUAACAAGUGGGAACGCAGCUACGAAAUCGACCGGCUGUGGGUAAAUCUGCCGAACCGGUACCUCCAGCAGUUCGGUGUAAACGCCGUCCAAAAAACGGGGUUAUCGACCCUACACGAGAUGACCUCUUCGCACGGCCCGGAUGGGAAGGUCGUGCAGAAGCCGGGGGCCAACCAGGCCCUCCUCCUCGCGCCCUGGAGGCAGGAGAAGCCGCGGGGAUUGGUGCGGCAGCGGAUCGUCGCAAACUUGACGGUAUGCAGAUCAUUUUUUUUCCUGUACACGUACAAAAUGCAGCAUCUUCACAAAUUUCGCCAACUCAAAGAAUGCCGCUUGGCAUGCUGAGGUAUGACCAAAGUUUUGUCAUGCAGAAACCGCAUGAUAGAUUCGCACGUGUGUGGGAAAUUUUCCGUGGAUAGACGGAGGGCACGGUGAACACGGAGAAAGCAAACUGGCCGAACAUGGCCUUUUCGGAUCUGCUGAUCAAGGAGAUUUAUCCUCUGCAAAAGUAUUGCACUCGUGCUACUUGCGGAACGGCAUGGCAGAUCCUAUCGAAUUUUUAUUUUUACAUACACUUCUUCUGGAGAAAAAAAUCUUCAAAAACAAAAUGUUUAUUAUGCAAUUUCUACUACCACUAGUGCGACUGCGAUUCUUUUGCAAUGCAUAAGAUUGAGCUGUACGUAGCGGAAGCGUUGGAAUAUAUGACCGACCGAGGAGUUUCCUUCUACGAAUUUCCGCACGCAUUAGGGCGGAAAAGUUGGCAAAUCACAUCAAAUUUUCGCGCGCACAUUUUCGGGGGGUAAAAAAGCUUUGUUUUGUGGGCAUGUAGGGACUUCGCCGGCUGCUCUUGGCCAUGCACAUGGUGGCGCCACUCUUCGUCGUCAAUGGCCACCGUCAGGCCCUUUCCUUUGUGGAGUGCAAGCUCAGCACUUUGCUCAACUUAUUCAGGCCCGCGUCCUUCUGCAACGAACAGCAGCGCCCCCGCCACCCUAUUCAAUUCUGGAUGCGCCGACCGAUCGUCUUGUUUUCCCUCUGCAGCCGGAUACUGCGAAUGCGGGCGCGCCAACAAUCAAGUGCUUCCGGGGGGGUGCCGAAGGGGGGGGGUAAGGGGGUCCGCAUGGGCUGUCGCUGGGCUCCCAUUUUGGGCCAUGCCAAAUCAGCAGCUUCCAAUGGGGAUUUGGGGGUCGACAGAGGCUACCGAAAGGGUACCCGGAGGUGGUACCCGGAAUGGGUGUCCGAAGGGGGCAAAAAUGCACCCCCCUGACCACCCCCCCCCUGCCUGGCGAGCGCCCCCCCUGGGUUUCCUCUUCCUGGCGAGCGUCCUCGUUGUGGUCCGGUCCCGGAGGUGGCACAACCACUUCUCGAAGAGCGGGCCUAUUCAACAUUGCCGGGCCAUCUGAGCGACAACGCACAGCACUAAGGCGCUGCCGCCUGUUUCGUGUCUUGCUAUGAAGGCCUUUCGAGAGCAGCCGAGCUAUCACGUUUCUCGUGGAACAAAAGAUUAAGUGAUGCUUUCCUUCUGUUGAUUUUCGGGUGGUUGACUCCCGGACAAAAAAGAAAAAACUACCCCCCCCAAAGUGUGCGUUCGAACAGUUGAUGUGAUUUUCCAAUUUUUCCGCCCUAAGCGCAGCCAUGGCGUCAUGAAGAUUUGGAAGAGAGGAAGCUGCGACCGUCGCCGGUGAUAUUACCAAGGGAAUUCUUCCCGCGGUGAUAAUUCUAUUUACUUACAUGCGGAAGCGUUGGAAUAUAUGACCGACCGAGGAGUUUCCUUCUACGAAUUUCCGCACGCGGCCAUGGCGUCAUGAAGAUUUAAUAGAAGAGAGGAAGCUACGACCGUCGCCGGUGAUAUUACCAAGGGAAGUCUGCCCGCGGUGAUAAUUCUACUUACGUGACGGAGGGCUUGUUCGGCCUCGGCAUUCUGUUGAUGUUGUGUAGAUUCUGUGUGUGCUGAUCAUGAAGUUGGGACUGCUUCAUUUGUACUUGCUGAUCAUGCACGCUCUCCUGACGCUUCGGAAGAUCGCGGUCGUGUGGUCCAGGACCAUUCAACAGCAAAGGAAUGAAAGCGC